CCAGUGAUCUCCCCCCUCCCCUCCCCUCUGCCUCCUGGACAUCCUCGCUGACGGUCCCGGCUUUCCGGGCUCUCUUAACCGGCUUCACCUGCUCCCUGCUCGGCCUGCAGGGCCGCGAACAGCCACUGGAGCCGCUCACUGGAUGCUGAGCCUCCGCCGAGCCGGUGAAGCAGAACCGAGCCUCCCGGAGCCCCAGUACUGGACCAACGCGGUUCUUCUCUCAUCAUUUCUUCCAAUGUCACGAGCAAGGAGAUCCAUCUAAGGACGUCAUCAGCCCACAUCCGGUGCAGGAUGGACUAAACCGAUUCCUCCGAGUCCAUCUGAAGCACACCGGCACCGGAGUGCUGGAAGUGGAAGGGCUGCAUCUUACUGGUGAUACUGGGAGGAUAAAACAAACAUUCGGGAUCUGUGGUUGACAGCCGGUCACUGGACCGGAACCCGCGCGGACAGAGCCGCUGUGGGAAGGAGGAGGCAGAGGCGGCAGCAGCGUGGGGGAACCGAACCGACAACCUGGGGGGGUGGGGGGAAUGGGGUCCGAAGAGGAUGAGAGGAUGGGUCUGCUGUUUGGACUCCUGUGGCUGUUCGGCAGCUUCCUGCAGGGCGCGCAGAGCCAGGGCGUCUACGCAUCCCCCACCGUGCGGAUCGUGCACGCAGGUCAGGCCUGUAACGUGGAGGAGGAGCAGUACAGUGAGAGGGUUUACACCAUCCGAGAGGGAGAGACACUGGAACUGCAGUGCCUGGUCACCGGACACCCCCGCCCUCAGAUCCGUUGGACCAAGACAGCAGGUGGAGCCUCCGACCGUCCAGGAAGUUCCACGCUGGACAGUGGCACUCUGAGAAUCGACAACAUCAGACGCCACCAGGGGGGGCGCUAUUACUGCAAGGCUGAGAACGGGCUGGGGUUCCCCGCCAUUCGCUCCAUUCGGGUGGACGUCUACUACUUGGACAAACCUGUGAUAACGGUGCAUCAGAGCGACGACGAACCAAAGGAGCAGUUCUACUUCGAGCGGACAGUCUUCCUCCGUUGUGUAGCCAGCUCCAACCCUCCGGUGGUCUACACCUGGACCAGAGACCGGGAGGUGAUCGCUGAAGGCUCUGAUUCAGGGGUGGAAAUUUACAAACCGUUUUUCACACAGGGCGAGACGAAGAUCUUGAAGCUGAAAAAUCUCCGCCUGCAGGACUACGCUGACUACACCUGCAUCGCCUCGGUCAGGAGGGCCUGUGGCAUCAGAGACAGAAGCAGCCACUUCAUUCUGAACAACAGGACAGCUCCUCCUUCUGUUAAAAUACUUCUGGAGGAUCCUGUGGUGGCAAACCCCGGGGAGACAAUCGCUCUGGUAUGUAAGGUGGUGAGCGGCCAUCCUCCACCAACACUGAGGUGGCUUAGAGCGAGAGAUGAAGAUCUGCCGAAGAGGAGCAUCGUCAAAGAUGGAACCCUGACAGUUCCUGUUAUCACCGACGAUGAUGGAGGAACCUACACCUGUAUGGCUUCAAACAAUGUAGGAAACUCUGCGAAGAAAUCCAUCAGCAUACUGGUCAGAGGUCUACGUAAGGGUCGGUUCUGGAUCACACCGGAUCCGUACCACAAUGAAGACAAUAUUCAAAUUGGCCGGGAGGUGAAGAUCAGCUGCCAGGUGGAGGCCACGCCUUCAGACGAGCUGCAGUUCAGCUGGCUGAAGAACGGCCGGCCUCUGAAGAGCUCUGAGCGAAUGGUCAUCACCCACACCGACCCCAGCGUCUCACCAGGAACCACCAAUCUGGACAUCAUAGACCUAAAGUUUACAGACUUUGGCACCUACACCUGUGUGGCAUCACUGAGGAACGGCGGAAUCCCAGAGAUCAGCAUCGAUGUAAACAUUUCAUCCACCACAGUCCCUCCAGAGCUCACGGUGCCUAAGGGCCAAUCCCACCUGACUGUUCUGGAAGGAGAGACUGUGGACCUGCAGUGUUUGGUGUCAGGGAAACCCAAACCCAUCAUACUGUGGUCUCGGGUGGAAGAGAACGGUCCAGCAACAGCCGCAGAGCCUGUGAUGCCAGACGGCACGGCUCAGAUGGAGAGCUAUGAUGGCAUCCUGAGGAUCUACAACGUGACGAGGAAGAUGAGCGGAACCUACCGCUGUCAGACCAGUCAGUACAACGGCUUCAACGUCAAACCCCGAGAGGCGCUGAUCCAUCUGGUGGUGCAGUUCCCUCCCACCGUGGAGCCUGUGUACACUGAAGUCCGUCAGGCGCUCGGCCGGGCUUUCAGCCUCACCUGCAACCUGCUGCAGGCCUACCCGGCUCGCCACCUGCAGUACGAGUGGAAGCUGGGCCCCCGCCUCCUCACUGUGGGAGAGUUUACUGACCAAACACAUGACACCAGCUACCACGUUAAAGCCCUGAACCGAGAGGGUUACGGCGAGUACACCUGUGAUAUCACCAACGAGGCGGGGGCCGGUCGCUGCACCUUCCUGGUUACAGGGAAGGCCUACGGUCCAGAGUUUUACUACGAUACGCCCCAGGCUCUGUGGCAGAACAGACCGCAGGUCUACGGCUUCAAGCUGCAGUGGACCCAGAUGGAGCCCAACGCCGUGGACCGCAUCCUGGCCUACAGGCUGGGUAUCCAGCAGAAGGGUCAGACUCGCUGGUGGGAGCAGGAGAUUCCUAUUGGUGGAUCCAUCCAGAAGGGCCAGCUGCUGACCUACAACCUGAGCGAGCUGAACAAACCAGACUCCUACCUGGUGCGCCUCACCCCCAUCACCCGGUACGGUGAGGGGGAUGCCUCUGAACGCAUCAUCACCUACAGCGCUCCUGCUAACCCACAUCUCAGGAAUUUCCUCUGUGGCUUUGAGGAAGACUCCUUAUGCUCCUUUUCUCAAGACAAGUCGGACGAGUUCGAUUGGACGCGUCACCGCGGCGCCGUCGAGGACGUGACCUUCACAGCCACCAGCGGGCCGAGCGCCGACCACACCGGCUCCAAGCAAGGCUUCUACAUGUUCCUGGAAACAUCGAGACCCAGGGUGGAGGGGGACAAAGCCCGGCUGACGUCGCCAACCUUCAACGUUAACCCCGCGAGUGUCUCCUCCUCCUCAGCCAGCAGCGGUGCCGCCUACUGCCUCACCUUCUACUACCACAUGUACGGGAAGCAUCAAGGAGCUCUGAAUGUCUUCCUGCGGCAGAAAGGUCCCGUCCUGACUGAUACUUUAGUCUGGAGUCUGACUGGUAACCAAGGAAACCAGUGGCGGCAGGCGAAGGCUGCCCUCCAUCCCACCACAGCCUUUCAGGUGGUGAUGGAAGGAGUCCGCGGCUCUGGCCCUGAAGGCGCCAUCGCUAUCGAUGACGUUAGCAUUAAGGAGGGCGAAUGCAAAGACUCUCCACCAAACAAUCUGAGGUCCUUUGCUUCACUGCCAUCACGCUACACGCUGCUGCUCUGCAUCACUCAGAGCCUGGUGCUGAUUGGCUGGCCAAGGUGACACCAUCAGCGCCUCCUCCUCAUCUCAAUCAUCUCCCAAAGAGGAUGCCUUCUGACUAAGGGAUCUGUUUUUACCUUCUGAUAAAAGAGAAGCAGCUUUGCUAAAUAAAACCCAAACCUCCCUGAUCUGAUCUCCACUGUCUGACCUUCUUCACCCAGUCUGAGUAAAACAAUGAAGGCAGUCAGAGCAGAAGCGUUAAUCCAUGAACCUUUCUGUGGACCUUCUAUCCAGCCUGGCUCCGCCCUCAGAUCAUCACUACUGUCCUGGUUAAACGGGGAGCAGCUCUGAGGAAAACCAAGAAGUAUUUUUAGAGUUUAUUUUAACGUCUAUCCAUCUGUGAAAGACAAGAAGCCAACAGCUCACCUUCUGCCAUAAAAUCAAGUGCCUUCAACUGGUAGGAGACUCCGGAGCAGAGACCGUUUCAGACAUUAAUCCUGCUGGAUUAUAAUAACC